AUGUCUCCGUCGCCAUCCGCCGCAGAAGCCGCUCCCAGCGAACAAAGACUUCAUAUACGGCGGGCGCGGAAGCCCCUCAACUGCGAACCAUGCAGGCGUUCUAAAUUACGCUGUGACCGACGCCUACCUUGUACGUCAUGCUCUCGGCGUGGCCUGGUUAGCCUCUGCACCUAUCGGAAUCAGCGUCAGGGACAUGAUUCAGAACCUACAAAUGAUGAUGCGUCACGGCAAUCACCUCAUAGAGGCGGUGCUUCCCGCCUGCUUGCUCCGCUUCCCGAACAUGAUAGGCGUUCCCUCCUUCAGUCACCUGAGAAUCCGGCGGCCAGCGAUAGCCAUGCACGUUGGGAGGAAGUAUUCCAGCGGCCGACAGACCAGCCUUUGUAUGCCAGAUAUGGCCAUGGGUGCCAGCUGAACGGCUUCAAUUUCCCAUUCUCUCUUGGUCCAGACAUUCCGAAGCAGGAUCUGUUGAAUCUGCUCCCCCCAAAGGAAUGUUGCGACUAUCUUGUCAUCCAGUACUUUUCCCGUUUGUCACCGUUGUACCAUAUCCUCCAUGGGCCUACCUUUCAGAAAGAAUACACCCGAUUCUUUGAUCGCCAAGCCGAAACAGACCUCUCAUGGAUGGCUUUGCUUUUUGUCCUCUGUUCGGUGACGUUAAACACAAUGGAGGAAAGUGACUCUACUUUGAUAAACAGCUGGUGCAAAGAGACCGAGUCUUUGAGCUUUCGAGCCGCGGCAGCAAAGUUUCGUAAUCACGCAAUGGUCUGUCUGUCUCAAGAUCAAUUUCUUAUUCGACAUUCCCUACAUACUCUCCAGGCGCUUUUAAUCCUCAUCUAUGGGAUGAGCCAUAAUGACGGUGUGGAACAGACCUGGGUCCUGUUAGGCAUGGCUCUUAAUAUCGGUAUUGCGCUACGCUGCAAUAUAAAGACCAAACCUUCCACUAUGGGCUGGAUUGAGUUUGAGCAGCACCGUCGUUGCUGGGCGGGCAUUCUUAUGCUCCAUACCUAUCAAGCCAUCCUUUUCCGCGAUGUGAACGUCUCGGCUUUCUCGGAGAUCGAAGUUACAUUGCCCGCGGACGUUAACGACACUGAUAUUCGAGACGACAUGAUUCUUCCGCCUUCCAGUCAACCCACCCAGAUGUCCGUAAUUAUGUUCAAGCUCCGUCUGUUUGAGAUUUCUAGCCGCGUCUGCGAUCUUCUCUCCAGGGAUACCGAGCUGACCGGAGAAAAUCUGACUUCACUUGACUCUCUAAUAUCUCAGGAACAGGCAAAGUGGGAUGCCAAGUUCCUUAUAAACGGGCAACCCAGUGUGCUUGAUUUGUCGAGCUAUGCUCAUUGGUGUAUCUUGCAACAGUAUGCUCAUCAGCUCUAUCUUCUUCUUCACCGAGCGUUUUGCCGAUCUCGGAUGGGCCAGCCACCCAGAUUUGAGUCGCAAUUAAAGUGCACUACCUCAGGGGUGGCCUUGCUGGAAAUCCACCGACAGUUCGCCGAACUUCCACGACUGCGACAGUAUCGCUGGUAUGUAUAUGGCAUGACAAGUUUCUGUGCCUUUCAUGGUGCAGUGGCAAUAGCCUCCUGUUUACUUAUGGAACCCGAAUCUUUGAAUGCAUCCUCGUACAAAUCCGUGUUUGAUGCUGCUGUCGUCCGAUUCAAGGCGCUUCAGGAACGAAGCACCAUCUGUGCUAAGGCUUUCCCGAUCAUAAGCCAUUUACGGACUAUGAUAUGGCCGGACAAUCCCGACGGCUCGCUUAUGUGUCCGGAUUCUAGCAAUGUGCUUGACGAAUGGUUUGAUUCAGUCCCUUGGCUGAACGUCGACUCUGUCAACUGGGCAAGUAGCUCUAUUCCUAUAUGA